AUGGCCUCUAAAGACCUCAGAAUCCACCUAUCAAAAAACCAUAACCUCAUCAAAAUCUGUUUGGGUGUGUCCGCACUCUUGAUCAUCAUUCUUGUGAUUGUGCUGUUAAUUUUUACCAUCUUUAAGCCCCGAAAUCCUACUGUAUCUGUCCACCCUCUUCACCUUGAACACUUUCAAUUACUCUCACCAAAUUCAAGUAUUGCACCUUUGGGCCUGGUGAUCACAAUUGAGAACCCAAACUAUGCAAGUUUCAAGCAUGGAAAUUGCAGUGGCUAUGUUAAAUAUCGUGGCAUUGUUAUAGCAGAAGCUCCCUUCGGGGCAAGAUCCUACCCUGCACGAAGCACUACCAAUGUGACUACUACUGCGGAUAUUGAGACUGCAAAACUGAUAAAUGAUCCUAACUUUUGGUCAGAUAUUGCAGGUGGGGUCUUCAAUUUGACAUCAGAGGCCAAAAUUUCUGGGAAAGUGAGUAUGAUCAAGAUCAUUAGGCUCAAGGCCAAGAUUUAUCUCUCUUGUGGCAUCUCUUUGAACAUAACUGCUGUGAAUGCUACUUCCUCCUGCAUGUCCAAACUCAAGCUAUGA